AUGGCUGAAGUUAAUGAGACAGUGAAGAUAAACAAAUGGGAUGGAGCCGCCGCAAAAAAUGCUAUUGAUGAUGCUAUUAGAGAGGUGCUGACUGGAGAUUUAAAAUGCAAUGAAAGUUUUGCACUUAUUGAUGGAAGAUUGUUUCUUUGUGCUCUGGCUGUAGGUGUGGCACUUUAUGCCCUGCUAUGGGAUUACCUUUAUCCUUUUCCACAAUCAAGAUUGGUCCUAAUUGUUUGUGUGUCAUCAUAUUUCAUUUUGAUGAGUAUUUUGACUCUAUACACAACAUUUAAGGAGAAAGGAAUAUUUGUAGUUGCAAAGGAAAAAGUUGGAAACAAUACCAGAGUUUGGGAAGCCAGCUCUUAUGUCAAAAAGCAUGAUGAUAAAUACAACUUGGUUAUUGUAAUGCGUGAUUCCACUGGCAAGAGUCGGGAAGCGUCGUUCAACAAGUCUUUCGCUAACUAUAUUGAUACAAAUGGCGCAGUUGUUCAAACCAUUGUGACAAAUGAAAUCACAAAACUUUACAACUCACUAUCAUCAGAGAAGAAGGAAAAGUGA